ACCAUCAAGAAGAUCACCUCCCGGUACAGUGGGUGCGGAAUUCGGGCCACAUCAAUAGAAGGAAACAUUCUGACCGUUGGCACGGGUCUGGGCAUGCUCCUGUUCUACGACAUCCGCGCCGGAAAAUUUCUGGAGAGCGGUGUGAAUGCUUCGCGCACCGUUGCACUAAAGUGCAGAAAGGGAAUUGUGCAAUUUGUAAUGCACUGAAUCAAGGAGAGAACUAUAAAUAUGUUUGCACGCGCAAUGACCAGAAAAUGUAAUGAAAACGUAUUCUGUCAAGUCCGAAGUUUUUAAUUUAGCUCGACUACUCAGUUUUGGUUUCAAUCAGCUGUCGGCUUUGAAGUGGUUACUUUGUUUGUAAAUAAAAGUAAAAAUUUGAAAAAUGAACUACAACGCCAAGCGAGUGAUGCGCCAGAAUUCGGUUUGUGUUGGAGGGUCCAACGACCUGGCUUCGUCGCCGAUCAUGAUGGGGCCUGCCCCGCCCUCGGCGCCCACCACGCCGCAGCUGCAAACCGCGGAGGACAUCAAGCCACUUCAUGUGCAGCAGCGCCAGGUGAUCCUGCUGCAGAGCGCCAGCAUUCCGCCAAAUCCAUCGCCCCAGCAGCAGGUGAACCUGGCUGGACAAAGUGCAGCCGGCGGCGCCUGUGGUAGCAAUGUGGCCAACGCACAGAUUCCGGACGAUGCGCCCGUCUCACUUCUCACCGAGAUUGCGGACAUCAUGCGGAGCUUUGGGGACAGCGAUCAGCCGAAGACGGGCAGCGUCAAGCUGGUGGAGCAGAUCCUGCAGCAGCAGCUGCGGGGCAUCUUCAACGAGGCCUCCCUUGUGGCCAUGCGACGCAAGCAGAACCCGUGCCCCUCGCAGGCGGACUUCGAGUUUCUGAUGCGCAACCAUCCGGUGAAGAUAGCGCGCAUGCGAAAGCAUCUCAAGGAUAUGCGCAUUCUGAAGCGGUUUCUCAGCAUCCGCACGGGCAGGCCGCAGGACUUUAUGGACGACUUGGAGCAGCAGGAGGAGGACGAGGAGCUGGCCAUCGAUGUGCACGAGCUGCACGACGAGGAUCGCAUGCGUCGGCUGUUCCGCGCCGAUCGCAUCUCGCAGAUCCUCACGGGUCAGCAGUAUCUGGAGUUUAACGAGGCGCGCAAAACGUCCUUCUACUGCCGCCACGGCGAGAAGAUCAAGAACAAGUUCCGGCGCUUUCUGGAUCUGCCCGCCGACCUGCGCAUCCCCACGCCCACAAUGAAUAUUCUGGCCUACUUGGCGCACGAGACCAUUGCCGCCAUUGUGGACUAUUCGAUCCUGACGCGCCUCAACUCGGGCAACCGCGUGACCGAGCCCUACAGCCGAGUGACCUCCGCCGGCGGCAGCCCCGCCAUGAUGCACGUCUGUCCCGAGGUCACCCAGGGUCGCGGCAUGGAGGUGGUCAAGCCCAUCAGUGUCCCGGAGAUCCAUGAGGCCAUGCGGCGAUUCCGGCAAAUGAGCAACCGGAAGAUUGGGCGGUACCGCAACUCCUGCGACAUCGAUUUCCGGCGCAGUUUUUUAGCUAUUUAAGAUAUUCCUAAUUAUUUUUCAUGCCGAUCUUUGUUACGGUUAUUAUAAUUAUUGGCAUUGAAU